AUGAGAGAAAAAAGGGGGAAAGAAAAAAGGGGAGAAAGAAAAAGCAAGAAAAGGGGAGAGGGGCAGAGAGAAGAGAAAAGAGGUAGAGAGAAAAAAGGAGAGAGAGAAAGGGGAAGAAAAAGAGAAAAGGGGAGAAAAAGAAAAAGAAAAACCCCAAAAAGGAGGAAAAGAAGGGGAGAAAAGAGAGAGAGGGGAGGAGAAAGGAAGAAAGAGAGAGAGAGCGAAAGGGGAGAGCGAGAGAAGGGAAGAGAAAGAGAAAAAGGGGAGAAAAAAGAAGGGGAGAGAGAGAGAGGGGAGAAAAGAGCGAGAGAGAGAAAGAGGGGGAAAAUCAAAAAUGGGAAGAGGAGAGAAGAGAAAAGGAGAAAGAGAGAAAAGGAGAGAGGAAAAGAAAAAGGCGAGAGAGAAAAAAAAUGCAGGCGAGAGCCCCGCGCAAAUUCCUCUAUCUAAGAUCGAAAAAUAAGGGGGGAAAACCCUUUUUAAGGAUAUUCCUUUUUAAAAUCUCAACCCCUCCCCCCCCUUCUCUCCCUCUCCCCUCUCUCCCUCCCCUCUCUCUCUCUCUCUCUCCGCCCUCGCUCACUCGCCCAGGAUGGACAGUAUAGUGGAGAGUCCUCAGAUUGUGCGGAGGUUGUCGUGGGUAGAGAACUACUGGCCAGACGACGCUCUCCUGGGGAAACCUAAAGUCACUAAGUACUGUCUGAUCUGUGUUAAAGACAGCUACACCGACUUCCACAUCGAGUGUGGAGGGGCCUCCGUCUGGUACCACGUACUCAAGGUAUAAUAACCUUAUUUAUUCAUUCACUUUAUUUAUCCAGGUAGGUUAUUAAAGAACAUAUGUCUGUGCAGCCAGUGUGCAGCUUGCAGUAGGAUGAACAAGGAGGAGUCCUGAUGCAAGGUUGUUAUGAUGAACUUAAACUAAGGGUGCCUCUCUAUUCCCUAUAUAGUGCACUACUUUUGACCACAGUGCUCUGUAGCAGGACACUACAACUAACCAUGAACAAUCACAACUAUGAUAAACUUGUCCUGAUAUGGCUGUUGUUGUUUACAGGGAGAGAAGAUCUUCUUCCUGAUCAAGCCCACGUCCGCAAACCUAUCGCUGUAUGAGCGCUGGAGGUCCUCAGCCAAUCACACUGAGAUGUUCUUCGCCGACCAGGUGGACAAGUGUUACAAGUGCACUCUGAAGCAGGGACAAACCCUAUUCAUACCGUCAGGUUAGUGCACUCUGAGGUAGUGAUCAUACCAUCAGGUUAGUGAUCUCUGAAGCAGGGACAAACCCUAUUCAUACCAUCAGGUUAGUGCACUCUGAGGUAGUGAUCAUACCAUCAGGUUAGUGCACUCUGAGGUAGUGAUCAUACCAUCAGGUUAGUGCACUCUGAGGUAGUGAUCAUACCAUCAGGUUAGUGCACUCUGAGGUAGUGAUCAUACCAUCAGGUUAGUGCACUCUGAGGCAGUGAUCAUAUCAUCAGGUUAGAACCACACUAGCCCAGACAGGGCCCAAAUCAAACAUGUUAUUGUAGUUUGAUGUUGUUAGCAGAACAGUCUCAUUGGGAAUGGAAGUGUAACACUGAACGCUGUUGAUGUCAUUUGUUGAUUGGUGUGUAUGUAUUGUGUUGGUGUGUAUGUAAUGUGUUGGGGUAUUGAAUGGUGUGUAUGUAAUGUGUUGGUGUAUUGAAUGGUGUGUAUGUAAUGUGUUGGUGUAUUGAAUGGUGUGUAUGUAAUGUGUUGGUGUAUUGAAUGGUGUGUAUGUAAUGUGUUGGGGUAUUUAAUGGUGUGUAUGUAAUGUGUUGGGGUAUUGAAUGGUGUGUAUGUAAUGUGUUGGGGUAUUGAAUGGUGUGUAUGUAAUGUGUUGGGGUAUUUAAUGGUGUGUAUGUAAUGUGUUGGGGUAUUGAAUGGUGUGUAUGUAAUGUGUUGGGGUAUUGAAUGGUGUGUAUGUAAUGUGUUGGGGUAUUGAAUGGUGUGUAUUCCAGGCUCUGUCGUAGCCGGCCGCGACCGGGAGACCCAUGGGGCGGCGCACAAUUGGCCCAGCGUCGUCCAGGGUAGGGGAGGGAAUGGCCGGCAGGGAUGUAGCUCAGUUGGUAGAGCAUGGCGUUUGCAACGCCAGGGUUGUGGGUUCGAUUCCCACGGGGGGCCAGUAUGAAAAAAUUAAACAAAUAAUGUAUGCACUCACUAUCUGUAAGUCGCUCUGGAUAAGAGCGUCUGCUAAAUGACGUAAAUGUAAAUGUAUUCUGUGCCGCGUUCCAGGUUGGAUCAAUGCAGUUCUGACUCCAGUGGACACUCUGGCCUUCUCUGGACACUUCGUCCACAACCUGAGUGUUGAGAUGCAGAUGAGGUGAGAACUUUAACUGACGUUAUAAAACAUCAGGAGGAUACUUUUAAUACAAGAAAAAAACCUUCAGGUGUGAGGUCACAACUUUUAUCUUCCAGUUAAAGCACAUUGUUUAUCUGAAGUCAUGAUUCAUCUCUAUAGUGUGUUGUACCAUAUGUGUCGUCGUCUCUAUAGUGUGUUGUACCAUAUGUGUCGUCAUCUCUAUAGUGUGUUGUACCAUAUGUGUCGUCAUCUUCUCCCUCUUCCAGAGCGUACGAGGUGGAGAAGCGUUUGAAGGUGAACUGUCUGACUCCGUUCCCCAACUUUGAGACGGCCUGCUGGUACGUGGGACGUCACCUGUUGGAGAGAUUCAAAGGUACACUAAUUAUUUUAUACCUUUUCUCCCCUUCACGUCUGUUAGGUUUUUACUUACAUUUUACAUUUACAUUUUAGUCAUUUAGCAGACGCUCUUAUCCAGAGCGACUUACAUGAGCAAUUAGGGUUAAGUGCCUUGCUCAAGGGCACAUCGACAGAUUUUUCACCUAGUCGGCUCGGGGAUUAGAACCAGCAACCUUUCGGUUACUGGCACAACGCUCUUAACCACUAAGCUACCUGCCGCCCUACUUCACGUAUGUUAGGUUUUUACGCCAUGACUAUUUAGGGUUCACCCCAUAACUGCCUGUGUGUCGCUUGACGACUUUUAUGGUUUUACUUCACAGCUAUUUGGGUUUUAAUCCACGACUAUUUGGGUCUGUGACUACUGACUAGCGUUGUGAUGCGUUUCCUGUUCUCCUGGUGGUGAAUAGCGUGUGUUCUUCCUACGGUCUGCUCAGCAGAUGAGGAGUUGGAUGCUCUAAUAUUAUUAUUGUCAUUAAACGUCUGCGUGGCGUCGUUCACAGAUGAUUAGGUUCAAAAGGCCUGGCACAGGCACAAUCACUAGCUCAAUUACUGCUCUCUCUGUGUUGUAACUCCUCUCAGCUGGCCACAGAGCUCUGUUUACAUUUCCACUGGAUGCCUUUUCUCUGUCUGCUGUAAUAUGGUCAGAUUGCCUUCUUAAGAUAACAUUGCCAACUUACUGUACGGCAGCGUCCAAAAUGCCACCCUAUUCCCUACAUAGUGCACUACUUUUGACCAGGUCCCACAGGGCUGGUAGUGCACUAUGUAGGGAAUAGGAUGCCAUUUGGGAUGCAGGCUAUUAAGACCACAGUGGUUUCUUACCCAUUAUUCUCUUAUGGAGAAUAGUUAUGUCCAGGUCAUAUCUAUCUCUACAUCAGGGAUCAUUAGAACAGGAGUGUAUUUAGUGAGAUGAGCAUUGCUCAUAGAAAUAUAAUGAAUAGAGCUGAUGUUAUCCCCAGUUUUAUAGGAUAGAUAUCACAUCUGUUCCAAACAAUACAUUCUAUCUAUUCUGCAACUCUCCUGAACAGGUUGAUGCCCCACCUCCUCCUUGACUAACCCCACCCAGCAGGGUUCCAUCUCGUAUCAACUAGCUGCAGACUGACUGGGUAUCUCUGGCUAUCAGUGUAGAGACAGCCUUCACACAGACAGACAGCAGCUAGAGACAGCCUUCACACAGACAGACAGCAGCUAGAGACAGCCUUCACUCACACACCGAAGCUAGACAGCUUCACCAGACAGACAGCAGCUAUGAGACAGCCUUCACCAACAUAGCAACUAGAGACAGCUUCACUCAACACAGACAGCAGCUAGAGACAGCUUCACUCACACACAGACAGCAGCUAGAGAGCAGCCUUCACACAGGACAGACAUGCAGAUAAGACAGCUCACUCACACAGCAGCACAGCUUUAAGAAGACACCUUCCACAACAGACAGCAGCUAGAGACAGCCUUCACUCACACACAGACAGCAACUAGAGACAGCCUUCACUCCACAACAGCAGCAGCUAGGAAGCCUUCACUCACACACAGACAGCAGACUAGAGACGCCUUCCACAGACAGACAGCAGUAGGACAGCCUUCACACACACACAGACAGCAGCUAGAGACAGCCUUCACACAGACAGACAGCAGCUAGAGACAGCCUUCACUCACACACAGACAGCAACUAGAGACAGCCUUCACUCACACACAGACAGCAGCUAGAGACAGCCUUCACACAGACAGACAGCAGCUAGAGACAGCCUUCACUCACACACAGACAGCAGCUAGAGACAGCCAUCACACAGACAGACAUCAGCUAGAGACAGCCAUCACACAGACAAACAGCAGCUAGAGACAGCCAUCACUCACACAGACAGCAGCUAGAGACAGCCUUCACAGAGAUAGCAGCUAGAGACAGCCUUCACAGAGAUAGCAGCUAGAGACAGCCUUCACACAGAUAGCAGCUAGAGACAGCCUUCACACAGACAGCAGCUAGAGACAGCCUUCACUCACACACAGACAGCAGCUAGAGACAGCCAUCACACAGACAGACAGCAGCUAGAGACAGCCAUCACACACACAGACAGCAGCUAGAGACAGCCUUCACAAAGACAGACAGCAGCUAGACAGCCUUCACACACAGACAGCAGCUAGAGACAGCCUUCACACAGACAGCAGCUAGAGCCAGCCAUCACACAGACAGACAGCAGCUAGAGACAGCCAUCACACACACAGACAGCAGCUAGAGACAGCCUUCACAAAGACAGACAGCAGCUAGAGACAGCCUUCACACAAAGACAGCAGCUAGAGACAGCCUUCACACAGACAGACAGCAGCUAGAGACAGCCUUCACACAGACAGACAGCAGCUAGAGACAGCCUUCACACAGACAGACAGCAGCUAGAGACAGCCUUCACACAGACAGACAGCAGCUAGAGAUAGCCUUCACACAGACAGCAGCUAGAGACAGCCUUCACACAGACAGACAGCAGCUAGAGACAGCCUUCACACAGACAGACAGCAGCUAGAGACAGCCUUCACACAGACAGACAGCAGCUAGAGACAGCCUUCACACAGACAGACAGCAGCUAGAGACAGCCUUCACACAGACAGCAGCUAGAGACAGCCUUCACUCACAGACAGGCAGACAGCAGCUAGAGACAGCCUUCACUCACAGACAGUCAGACAGCAGCUAGAGACAGCCUUCACUCACAGACAGUCAGACAGCAGCUAGAGACAGCCUUCACACAGACAGCAGCUAGAGACAGCCUUCACUCACAGACAGACAGACAGCAGCUAGAAACAGCCUUCACACAGACAGACAGCAGCUAGAGACAGCCUUCACACAGACAGCAGCUAGAGACAGCCUUCACACAGACAGCAGCUAGAAACAGCCUUCACAGACAGACAGACAGCAGCUAGAGACAGCCUUCACACAGACAGACAGCAGCUAGAGACAGCCUUCACACAGACAGACAGCAGCUAGAGACAGCCUUCACACAGACAGACAGCUAGAGACAGGCAGCCAGCAAGGCAAGGAGGCAACAGGGUUGUAUUCACAAACCGAACGGAAGCAAACGGGCUGAAACAGGAUGGGACCUGCCCGAAUCUGUCCAAUAAGAAAUACCUGUUUUCAUUUUCCGUUUGCAAAAUGUUUUGCUAUGGUGUGUACUAAUGAAUAUGACCCAGCUAGAAGCAUGAAUCUGAUUUAAACGGCCUUCAGCUUGAAGUAACUUGUUCCAGGAUGCGCUAAUCAGAUGUUAUAGGGAUUAUUUUAUGUUAUUGAACCAGAAUGGAUCCAGUUUCAACAGCGUUGUGGAGGAAAGAAACAGAGUUAUAUUUUCCCUGCUGUGUAUGAAAUUUGCGGUGACAAGGCUCUCUGAAACGUGAUAAUGUAGAUGUGUUGUGAUUGGUUAAAUACUGACAGCAGUUAGGCUAGAGGGAGCUAUUCUCUGACAAUGGAAAUAGGUUUUUAUGAAACAUUUCAUUUCUGUACGGCUCCUGACUUUAGCUCUAUCAAUGUUCUUACAGUGAAUGAACAGAAUCCGAGAUGUUUUAGUCAAUUACUUUAACCUUUAUUUUAUCACAUUGUCCCAUUGAGGUAAAAGACCUCUUUACCAAGGGAGAGCUGUCAGACCUCUUUACCAAGGGAGAUCUGUCAGACCUCUUUACCAAGGGAGAGCUGUCAGACCUCUUUACCAAGGGAGAGCUGUCAGACCUCUUUACCAAGGGAGAGCUGUCAGACCUCUUUACCAAGGGAGAGCUGUCAGACUUGUCUGAGGUUGUCAACAUCUGAUCUAACAGUAUGCUGUAUUGUUGCAGGUCUACACAAGGCCAACAGACAGCCAGCUCCUUACCUGGUCCAUGGAGCUAAGAUCAUCAACGGAGCUUUCAGGGCCUGGACUAAGAAACAGGCAAGUUUGGUUUCCUCCAUCACAUCUACAUAACACAUCUAUUACACCUAUAUAACCUCAAAUACCUGCUACACUACAUGACCAACAGUAUGUGGACACCUGCUCAUCAAACAUCUCAUUCCAAAAUCAUGGGCAUUAAUAUGGAGUUGGUCCCCCCUUUGCUGCUAUAACAGCCUCCAAUCUUCUGGGAAGGCUUCCCACUAGAUGUUGGAACAUUGCUGUGGGGACUUGCUUCCAUUCAGCCACAAGAGCAUUAGUGAGGUCGGGCCCUGAUGUUGGGCGAUUAGGCCUGGCUCGCAGUCGGCGUUCCAAUUCAUCCCAAAGGUGUUCAAUGGGGUUGAGGUCAGGGCUUGGUGCAGGCCAGUCAAGUUCUUCCACAUCGAUCAUGACAAACCAUUUCUGUAUGGAUCUCGCUUUAUGCACGGGGGCAUGGUUAUGCUGAAACAGGAAAGGGCCUUCCCCAAACUGUUGCCACAAAGUUGGAAGCACAGAGUCGUCUAGAAUGUCAUUGUAUGCUAUAAGAUUUCCCUUCACUGGAACUAAGGGGCCUAGCCCGAACCAUGAAAAACAGCCACAGACCCAUUAUUCCUCCUCCACCAAACUUUACAGUUGGCACUAUGCAUUCAGAAAGGUGGCAUCCUAUGACGGUGCCACAUUUGAAAGUCAAUGAGCUCUUCAGUAAGUCCAUUCUACUACCAAUGUUUGUCUAUGGAGAUUGCAUGGCUGUGUUCUCGAAUUUUAUACACCUGUCAGCAACGGGUGUGGCUGAACUAGCUGAAUCCACUCAUUUGAAGGGGUUUUCCACAUACUUUUGUAUAUAUGGUGUAUAACCUGAAAAUAAAUCCAUACUAACUGUGUCGUCACCGUGUCCUCCCCUACAGGCCCUGUUAGAGCACGAGGAUGAGCUCCCAGAGAACAUGAAGCCCACUCAGCUCAUCAAGGACCUGGCCAAGGAGAUCCGGAUCUCAGAGGUACGACCCUUACCCUGCCCUGUUCUGAUCUGAUCUGAUCUCGACCCUUACCCUGCCCUGUUCUGAUCUGAUCUGAUCUCGACCCUUACCCUGCCCUGUUCUGAUCUGAUCUGAUCUCGACCCUUACCCUGCCCUGUUCUGAUCUGAUCUGAUCUCGACCCUUACCCUGCCCUGUUCUGAUCUGAUCUGAUCUCGACCCUUACCCUGCCCUGUUCUGAUCUGAUCUGAUCUCGACCCUUACCCUGCCCUGUUCUGAUCUGAUCUGAUCUCGACCCUUACCCUGCCCUGUUCUGAUCUGAUCUGAUCUCGACCCUUACCCUGCCCUGUUCUGAUCUGAUCUGAUCUUGACCCUUACCCUGCCCUGUUCUGAUCUGAUCUGAUCUGAUCUCGACCCUUACCCUGCCCUGUUCUGAUCUGAUCUGAUCUCGACCCUUACCCUGCCCUGUUCUGAUCUGAUCUGAUCUGAUCUUGACCCUUACCCUGCCCUGUUCUGAUCUGAUCUGAUCUCGACCCUUACCCUGCCCUGUUCUGAUCUGAUCUGAUCUCGACCCUUACCCUGCCCUGUUCUGAUCUGAUCUGAUCUCGACCCUUACCCUGCCCUGUUCUGAUCUGUUCUGUUCUACUGGGCAGGUUGUUGUAGAGAGUAGGAAUGUAACGAUUCACCGAUACGCAUCUUCCCCUGUUCAAGUGUUUAUGAGUGCAUCGGUCCACGGGACACCAAACCAAUCCGAAUGUAGCAUGUAUCGGUCCACGGGACACCAAACCAAUCCAAAUGUAGCAUGCAUCGGGUCCACGGGACACCAAACCAAUCCGAAUGUAGCAUGCAUCGGUCCACGGGACACCAAACCAAUCCGAAUGUAGCAUGCAUCGGUCCACGGGACACCAAACCAAUCCGAAUGUAGCAUGCAUCGGUCCACGGGACACCAAACCAAUCCGAAUGUAGCAUGCAUCGGUCCACGGGACACCAAACCAAUCCGAAUGUAGCACGCAUCGGUCAGAAAAUCGAUUCAAAUGUCACGAAUCGCCUGUUUUCUGUGGUUGUUGUUGUUUUGCUUAAAUUACUUUCUUUCUACCUUCCCGAAAAUAUCUCUCAUCUUCUGUGACAAUUGAUGCGUCCUCUUCUUCAGUGUUGAACAUGUAGUUAUGUUGACAGUCAUUGAUCGAACAACCCCAGGCAAUAUCAAUAUUUGAUCAAUAUCAAACUGUGAGCAGCUUCUCACGCUGACCAACGAGAGGUAGGCCGAUUCCUGAUCUCGGCACUUCUGUGUGUCAUCUUCAGUAUUCAAACGUUUGUAAAAAAUGGCUUGCACAAUAUUAGGCUAUAUUAGUUGAGUGACAGCCAAUGUCAUUUUGCUAGGUUAUUUCUAUCAAAUGCGCUGAAAAUUGUGAUAAUGGUGUUUUUACCGGAAUACAAGUAGCGUAAGCUAUCACUGGAGACACUCAACUGGCUACCCCUGCUGAUCGGGACUUACUUUAGAUGGAAUUUGAUUGUUCAGGUUCACCAACAGCAAUAGUUUUAAUAGUUUUGCUUUAAACAAUCUGUGUAUUUGGUCAUUUUUAGAUAUACAGGGUAAAGUUGAUUAAUUUCAUAGCGAGGACAGCAAUCACUUUUUGCUACCUGCACUGCGUGGUCGACUUGAGAGAAGAAAAGAUGCUCACUCUGAGCCAGUCAACAUCCAAACGGUCCAAACCAUUCCAUUAUGAGACGGGGGGUGAAAUCCAAAGGUGUGCUAUAUAUUAAUUGGCAAUGUCAUAGCACAUUUUUUAAGAUAAAUAUUUAUACACUACUAGCUCUAACACUUAUAAUCUGCAAAAAUGACAAAUUAAUUAGAGGUUGAUUUUAGAUCAAAAGUCGGGGGGGUCAUUCCCCCCCCUAACUGAUAGUGGUCUGGUAGAUUCCCUGUUUCCCCCCUAACAUCCCCCUAACUGAUAGUGAGGUGGUAGAUUCCCUGUUUCCCCCCUAACAUCCCCCUAACUGAUAGUGGUCUGGUAGAUUCCCUGUUUCCCCCCUAACAUCCCCCUAACUGAUAGUGGUCUGGUAGAUUCCCUGUUUCCCCCCUAACAUCCCCCUAACUGAUAGUGGUCUGGUAGAUUCCCUGUUUCCCCCCUAACAUCCCCCUAACUGAUAGUGGUCUGGUAGAUUCCCUGUUUCCCCCCUAACAUCCCCCUAACUGAUAGUGGUCUGGUAGAUUCCCUGUUUCCCCCCUAACAUCCCCCUAACUGAUAGUGGUCUGGUAGAUUCCCUGUUUCCCCCCUAACAUCCCCCUAACUGAUAGUGGUCUGGUAGAUUCCCUGUUUCCCCCCUAACAUCCCCCUAACUGAUAGUGGUCUGGUAGAUUCCCAGUUUCCCUUAUGGCUCAGCUCAGGUGAUUACAUACACAAUAGACAUACAUAAUAUAGACGCACACUCAGAUCCAUCUCAGAGAGGCCCAGUUCAGACAGAUCCAUCUCAGACAGAUCCAUCUCAGACAGAUCCAUUUCAGACAGAUCCAUCUCAGACAGAUCCAUUUCAGACAGAUCCGUCUCAGACAGAUCCAUCUCAGACAGAUCCGUCUCAGACAGAUCCAUCUCAGACAGGCCCAGCUCAUGAACUCCAUCAGCAGCAGAUUUUAUUUUAGAAUGAUGAUUGUGUUUAUGCAACAUAUGUUAGUGUCUCAAAUUGUAUCGCAUUUGUAUAUAUUAAGGAUCCCCAUUAGUUCCUGCCAAGGCAGCAGCUACUCUUCCUGGGGUUUAUUAUGGAUCCCCAUUAGUUCCUGCCAAGGCAGCAGCUACUCUUCCUGGGGUUUAUUAAGGAACCCCAUUAGUUCCUGCCAAGGCAGCAGCUACUCUUCCUGGGGUUUAUUAUGGAUCCCCAUUAGUUCCUGCCAAGGCAGCAGCUACUCUUCCUGGGGUUUAUUAUGGAUCCCCAUUAGUUCCUGCCAAGGCAGCAGCUACUCUUCCUGGGGUUUAUUAUGGAUCCCCAUUAGUUCCUGCCAAGGCAGCAGCUACUCUUCCUGGGGUUUAUUAAGGAUCCUCAUUAGUUCCUGCCAAGGCAGCAGCUACUCUUCCUGGGGUUUAUUAAGGAUCCUCAUCAGUUCCUGCCAAGGCAGCAGCUACUCUUCCUGGGGUUUAUUAUGGAUCCCCAUUAGUUCCUGCCAAGGCAGCAGCUACUCUUCCUGGGUUUAUUAGGAUCCCCAUUAGUUCCUGCCAAGGCAGCAGCUACUCUUCCUGGGGUUUAUUAUGGAUCCCCAUUAGUUCCUGCCAAGGCAGCAGCUACUCUUCCUGGGGUUUAUUAUGGAUCCCCAUUAGUUCCUGCCAAGGAGCAGCUACUCUUCCUGGUGUCCAGCAACACUGAAACAUGCAUGAGAGCAUCAGCUGUUCCGGAUGACUGUGUGAUCACGCUCUCCAUAGCCGAUUUGAGUAAGACCUUUAAACAGGUCAACAUUCACAAGGCCGCAGGGCCAGACGGAUUACCAGGACGUGUACUCCGAGCAUUCGCUGACCAACUGGCAAGUGUCUUCACUGACAUUUUCAACCUCUCCCUGACUGAGUCUGUAAUACCAACAUGUUUCAAGCAGACCACCAUAGUCCCUGUGCCCAAGGACUCUAAGAUAACCUUCCUAAAUGACUACCGACCCGUAGCACUGACGUCUGUAGCCAUGAAGUGCUUUGAAAGGCUGGUCAUGGCUCACAUCAACACCAUUAUCCCAGAAACCCUAGACCCACUACAAUUUGCAUAUCGCCCCAACAGAUCCACAGAUGAUGCAAUCUCUAUUGCACUCCACACUGCCCUUUCCCACCUGGACAAAAGGAACACCUAUUUGAGAAUGCUGUUCAUUGACUACAGCUCAGCAUUCAACACCAUAGUGCCCUCAAAGCUCAUCACUAAGCUAAGGAUCCUGGGACUAAACACCUCCCUCUGCAACUGGAUCCUGGACUUCCUGACGGGCCGCCCCCAGGUGUUAAGGGUAGGCAACAACACAUCUGCCACGCUGAUCCUCAACACGGGGGCCCCUCAGGGGUGCGUGAUCAGUCCCCUCCUGUACUCCCUGUUCACCCAUGACUGCGUGGCCAGGCACGACUCCAACACCAUCAUUAAGUUUGCCGACGACGCAACAGUGGUAGGCCUGAUCACCGACAACAACGAGACAGCCUAUAGGGAGGAGGUCAGAGACCUGGCCGUGUGGUGCCAUGACAACAACCUCUCCCUCAGCGUGACCAAGACAAAGGAGAUGAUUGUGGACUACAGGAAAAAGAAGAGGACCGAGCACGCCCCCAUUUUCAUCGAAGGGGCUGUAGUGGAACAGGUUGAGAGCUUCAAGUUCCUUGGUGUCCACAUCACCAACAAACUAUCAUGGUCCAAACACACCAAGACAGUCGUGAAGAGGGCACAACAACACCUUUCCCCCUCAGGAGACUGAAAAGAUUUGGCAUGGGUCCUCAGAUCCUCAAAAGGUUCUACAGCUGCACCAUCGAGAGCAUCCUGACUAGUUGCAUCACUGCCUGGUAUGGCAACUGCUCGGUCUCCUACCGCAAGGCACUACAGAGGGUAGUGCGUACGGCCCAGUACAUCACUGGGGCCAAGCUUCCUGCCAUCCAGGACCUCUAUACCAGGCGGUGUCAGAGGAAGGCCCUAAAAAUGGUCAAAGACUCCAGCCACCCUAGUCAUAGACUGUUGUCUCUUCUACCGCACGGCAAGCGGUACCGGAGCGCCAAGUCUAGGUCCAAGAGGCUUCUAAACAGCUUCUACCCCCAAGCCAUAAGACUCCUGAACAUCUAAUCAAAUGGCUACCGAGAUUAUUUGCAUUGCCCCCCCCACCCCUCUUUUACGCUGCUGCUACUCUGUUUAUUAUCUAUGCAUAGUCACUUUAACUCUACCCACAUGUACAUAUUACCCCAAUUACCUCGACUAACCGGUGCCCCCGCACAUUGACUCUGUACCGGUACCCCCUGUAUAUAGCCUCCCUACUGUUAUUUUAUUUUACUGCUGCUCUUUAAUUAUUUGUUACUUUAACUUUUAAUUUUUUUAUAUUGUAUUUUUUAGUGAUUUUUCUUUUGGUAUUCUUUCUUAAAACUGCAUUGUUGGUUAAGGGCUUGUAAGUAAGCAUUUCACUGUUGUAUUCGGCGCAUGUGACAAAUAACAUUUGAUUUGAUUUGAAGAUUUAGUUGAGGUUUAGUGAAUGAUUUGUCCCAAAUACAAUUAUUUUAGUUUUUGAAAUAUUUAGGACUAACUUAUUUCUUGCCACCCAAUCUGAAACUGACUGUAGCUCUUUGUUAAGUGUUGCAGUGAUUUCACUUGCUGUGGUAGCUGACGUGUCUAGUGUUGAGUCAUCCGCAUACAUAGACACUCUGGCUUUACUCAAAGCCGGUGGCAUGUCGUUAGUAAAGAUUGAAAAAAGUAAUGGGCCUAGACAGCUGCCCUGGGGAAUUCCUGAUUCUACCUGGAUUAUGUUGGAGAGGCUUCCAUUAAAGAACACCCUCUGUGUUCUGUUAGACAGGUAACUCUUUAUCCACAUCAUAGCAGGGGGUGUAAAGCCAUAACACAUACGUUUUUCCAGCAGCAGACUAUGAUCGAUAAUGUCAAAAGCCGCACUGAAGUCUUAACAAAACAGCCCCCACAAUCUUUUUAUCAUCAAGUUCUCUCAGCCAAUCAUCAGUAAUUUGUGUAAGUGCUGUGCUUGUUGAAUGUCCUUCCCUUAUAAGCGUGCUGAAAGUCUGUUGUCAAUUUGUUUACUGUAAAAUAGCAUUGUAUCUGGUCAAACACAAUUUUUUCUAAAAGUUAACUAAGGGUUGGUAACAGGCUGAUUGGUCGGCUAUUUGAGCCAGUAAAGGGGGCUUUACUACUCUUAGGUAGCGGAAAGACUUUUGCUUCCCUCCAGGCCUGAGGGCACACACUUUCUAGUAGGCUUAAAUUGAAGAUAUGGCAAAUAGGAGUGGCAAUAUCGUCCGCUAUUAUCCUCAGUAAUUUUCCAUCCAAGUUGUCACACCCAGGUGGCUUGUCAUUGUUGACAGACAACAAUAAUUGUUUAACUCUUCCACACUCACUUUACGGAAUUCAAAAUUACAAUGUUUGUCUUUCAUAAUUUGGUCAGAUAUACUUGGAUGUGUAGUGUCAGCGUUUGUUGCUGGCAUGUCAUGCUUAAGUUUGCUAAUCUUGCCAAUGAAAAAAUCUAUUAAAGUAGUUGGCAAUAUCAGUUGGUUUUGUGAUGAAUGAGCCAUCUGAUACAAUGAAUGAUGGAGCUCAGUUUGCCUUUUUGCCCAAAAUUUCAUUUAAGCUGCUCCAAAGCUUUUUACUAUAAUUCUUUAUGUCAUUUAUCUUUGUUUCAUAGUGUAGUUUCUUCUUCUUUUUAUUCAGUUUAGUCACAUGAUUUCUCAAUUUGCAAUACGUUUGCCAGUCGGUUGUGCAGCCAGACUUAUUUGCCAUUAUUUUUGCCUCAUCCCUCUCAACCAUACACAUUUUCAAUUCCUCAUCAAUCCACAGGGAUUUAACCGUUUUUACAGUCAUUUUCUUAAUGGGUGCAUGCUUAUUAGUAACUGGAAUAAGCAAUUUCAUAAAUGUGUGAAGUGCAGCGUCUGGUUGCUCCUCAUUACACACCACGGACCAACAAAUAUUCUUCACAUCAACAACAGAGGGAUCACUACGAAACGUAUUGUAUGACCUCUUAUACACUAUAUUAGGCCCAGCCUUUGGAACUUCGGUUUUCCUAGAUGUGUCUUCUGUAUUGUGAUCACUACAUCCGAUGGAUUUGGAUACUGCUUUCAAACCUAUUUCUGCAGCAUCAGUAAAGAUGUGAUCAAUACAUGUUGAUGAUUUCAUUCCUGUGCUGUUUGUAACUACCCUGGUAGGUUGACUGAUAACCUGAACCAGGUUGCAGCCACUGGUUACCGGCGCAGCUCUAGCAGGGCAGAAAUCUGACAAACUGACUCGUUGGAAAGGUGGCAUCCUAUGACGGUGGCACGUUGAAAGUCAAUGGGCUCUUCAGUAAGGCCAUUCUACUGCCAAUGUGUGUCUAUGGAGAGUGGAUGGCAAAAUUUAUACACCUGUCAGCAGUGGGUGUGGCUGAAAUAGCCGAAUCCACCCAUUUGAAGGGGUGUCCACAUACUUUUGGCCAUAUAAUGUACCUCUCUGUUGAUAUGAAGUACAUUAUGAAGCAUUUCACACAUAUUAACCAGAUACUGACUGUUAGCAAUUGGUGGUCUAUAGCAUUGAACCGAAUCACAUCAAUUCGUUCCUCUAGUCAAACCGAAAUCGCACCAAAUCGUUUCAAACUAAAAUCGUUCCAGUAUGGUAUCAGUCCAUGUCUCUAGAUACGUAUGGCUCCUGUAUGGUAUCAGUCCAUGUCUCUAGAUAGUACGGUCCUGAUGGUAUCAGUCCAUGUCUCUAAUACGUAUGCUCCUGGAUGGUAUCAGUCCAUGUCUCUAGAUACGUAGGCUCCUGGAUGGUAUCAGUCCCAUGUCUCUAGAUACGUAUGGCUCCUGGGAUGGUAUCAUGUCCAUGUCUCUAGAUACGUAUGGCUCCUGGAUGGUAUCAGUCCAUGUCUCUAGAUACGUAUGGCUCCUGGAUGGUAUCAGUCCAUGUCUCUAGAUACGUAUGGCUCCUGGAUGGUAUCAGUCCAUGUCUCUAGAUACGUAUGGCUCCUGGAUGGUAUCAUUCCAUGCUCUAGAUACGUAUGGCUCCUGGAGGUAUCAGUCCAUGUCUCUAGAUACGUAUGGCUCCUGGAUGGUAUCAGUCCAUGUCUCUAGAUACGAUGGCUCCUGGAUGGUAUCUUCCAUGUCUCUAGAUACGUAUGGCUCUGAUUGGUAUCAGUCCAUGUCUCUAUAUACGUAUGGCUCCUGGAUGGUAUCAGUCCAUGUCUCUAGAUACGUAUGGCUCCCGGAUGGUAAUCAGUCCAUGUCUCUAGAUACGUAUGGCUCUGAUGGUAUCAGUCCAUGUCUCUAGAUACGUAUGGCUCCUGGAUGGUGGAUCAGUCCAUGCUCUGAUACGUAUGGCUCCGGAUGAUAGUCCAUCUAGAUACGUAUGGCUCCUGGAUGGUAUCAGUCCAUGUCUUAGAUACGUAUGGCUCCUGGAUGGUAUAGUCCAUGUCUCUAGUACGUAUGGCUCCUGGUGGUAUCAGUCCAUGUCUCUAGAUACUAGGCUCCUGGAUGGUAUCAGUCCAUGUCUCUAGAUACGUAUGGCUCCUGGAUGGUAUCAGUCCAUGUCUCUAUAUACUCGUGGCUCGUGUAUCAUCCAUGUCCAUAUACGUAUGGCUCCUGGAUGGUAUCCAUGUCCCAGGUCCUGAAUAGCGGCCGCACCGGUGAGACCAUGGCCGAUGUCGCUAAUGACGUAUGCGUCCGGAUGUAGGCAUGGUCUUAGAACUGGCUCUGGAGGGUAUCAGUUGUCUAGAACGUAUGGGUUGCAACCAGGGUUGGUCAUUCCCACAGUAUGGCCGGAUGGUAUCAAAAAAAUGAUGCCUCACGAUACGUAUGGCUCCUGGUGUAGCGUCCAUGCUAAAAUUAACAAUGUACCUAAAUGGUAUCAGUAUCUGAACGUAGGGUUUCCUGGAUGGAUCAGUCCAUGUCUCUAGAUACGUAUGGCUCCUGUAUGGUAUCAGUCCAUUCUCUAGAUACGUAUGGUAUGGUCAGUCCAUCUCUAGAUACGUAUGCUCGGAUGGUUCCAUGUCUCUAGAUACGUAUGGUAUCCUGAUGUUCAGUCCAUCCUAGAUACGUGGUCCUGUAUGGUAUCAGUCCAUGUCUCUAGAUACGUAUGGCUGGAUGGUAUAGUCAGUCCUGUCGUUGGUCGUGUAUGGUUCCAUGGUGUAUCAGUUCCUGUAGGUACGUAUGGUUCUGUAUGGUACGUCCUGUCUCCUGAUGUAUGGUCCUGGAUUAUAUCCAUGUCUCAUACGUAUGGCUCCUGGAUGGUAUCUCCGAUGUCAGAGUACGUAUGGCUCUAGGAUCAGUAUGGUCUGUAUACGUAUGGCUCCAUGGAGAGUACAGUCCAGUUUCUAGAUACGUCGGCUUCCUGGAUGGAUCAGUCCAGUCUUACUAGUACGUAUGGCUCCGUAGGUAUAGUCCAUGUCUCUAGAUACGUAUGGUCCGUAUGGACAGUCCAUGGUCUCUAGAGACGUAUGGUUCCUGAUAUGGUAUCAGGUCCAUGUCUUAGAUACGUAUGCGUUCCCGUAUGGUAUCAGUCCAUGUCUCUAGAUACGUAGGGCUCCUGUAUUGGUUCAGUCCAUGUCUCUAGAUACGUAUGGCUCCUGGAUGGUAUCAGUCAGUCUCUAGAUACGUAUGGCUCCUGGAUGGUAUCAGUCCAUGUAUUCUAGAUACGUAUGCCUCCUGGAUGGUAUCAGUCCAUGUCUCUAGAUACGUAUCAAAUCGUCUUGAAAGGGAAAGAUGCACAUCCUUAUUUUACUAUCCCUAGUAAAGACACAUCAUUCUAGUAAUGACCUUAGUUGUUGUGGAGACAUCAUUCUAGUAAUGACCUUAGUUGUUGUGGAGACAUCAUUCUAGUAAUGACCUUUGUCCACCUGUGCUCUACACAAUACGCACAUUGAACGAAGGAGCUCAGUUUGCAUCGCUCUCUGCGUAAUUCAAUAUACAUUUAUGCGGCAGAACAACGCUUUGUUUGCAUAGAGUUUGUAGAGACGUUUAUAGUAUCAAUUAAUUACCAAUUUCUGAACUGCAUUAUGGGUUUUGUAGUGAACUGGUUUACUAACUGUACUAUGAACACACGGCUCAGACUGUUGUCAUUGUUCAGAGUGAAAUAUAAGGAGAGAAAAUUGUUAAGUGAGUGUCUUUGGAUAAAGACAUCUUGCUAACUGAACGCAUUGUUUUUUUGUCCAGAAUGCGGCUAAAGCCAUUAAGAGUGAUUCGAGUAGCAAGGCUCCAGUGGAAGAGGCCCCUCCUGCCCCAUUAGAGCCUGAGGACCCUGCUUCCCCCUCCAGCGUCCCCUCUCCCUCCCCUCCUCCCCGGGAGAAACCAGCCAGGAAGAAGGCCUCCAAGGUCCCCAAACCUCCCAAGGUCCCCAAACCCCCCAAGGUCCCCAAACCUCCCAAGGUCCCCAAACCUCCCAAGAAAGGAAAGAAAGAGAAGGAAGUCCCUCCUCCUCCUCCUCCUCCUCCUCCUCUUCAACCGUCAAAGCCCUCCAGCCUGGCAGCUCUGGAGUCUCACGCCAAGGACAUCCUCAGCAAGAUGGACCAGCCCAAGAAGGGCAAGAUGGGGGGCAAGGUGAGCUAUUAACCUGUUUAACCAUGUUUAACCUGACUGGGCCUGGAACAAACCCACCCCUAUAGGCCUAGAUGGACCAGCCCAAGAAGGGUAAGAUGAGACCAAGCAAGCGGACCUUACUGGACCUGUCCUGCUCUACCUGUCACCUGUGUGAUGUCAUAUCUGUGUUACCUGCUUCCCAGGCGGCUAAGAACGUCCUGAGCAUGUCGGAGAAGGAGACCUGUAAGCAGAACGACGUGGAGAAGUUUGAGAUCCGAGAACAGAACAAGAAACAGACGGAAGCCAAGUGGAAAUAUAAGGUAAGAUACAGAAUAGUUUGAGUCUGAACUGUUUUAAGUGGAAAUAUAAGGUACGGUUCAAAACAGUUUCAGUUAGGUAAGAUACAGAGCAGAAAUACAAGGUAAGAUACAGAAUAUAUUCGGAACAGUUUCAGUUAGAAAUAUAAGGUAAAAGAACAGUUUCAGUUGAUGCUGUUUUAGGAGGAAUUAGAAAAGAUACAGAACAGAUUGAGUUAAGUUAGGUAAGAUACAGAACAGAUUGAGUCAAGGCUGUCUUGACAUGCUUUAAAAAGACAUGGACCAAAGUAAACAUGAUAAUGAUGGAUAAACAAUAAACCCAAUUCAAGCUGGAUGCUGUUUGGAAGAAGAUGCAAGUGGUUCUGUUCUAUUAAAGCUUGAGAAGCUGAGAAGUCCAACAGAAAAAUGUUGGAUCAUGGUAAAGUGAUUAACACACUAUAGAUCAUAGUAAUCAGCUAAACUAACACUGCGGCUUUACUCACAAUUAGAGUACUGGAACUGUUCAAAGCUUGUAGAAUACGGACCCAGCCAACCGGCUCAGUCCUCACAACUAUGUCAUAUCCACAACAUUCCACCCAUAAGCAUUCACAUCUGCCGGGAGUCCUGCUGGUGGGCGUCCCAAAUGACGCCCUAUUCUCUAUAAGGUGUAGAGGACUACGGUCAAAGUAGUGCACUACAGUAUAUAGGGAAUAGGGUGCCGUUUGGGAUGUAGGCCUGCUUUAAGGAGGCUGUUGUGUCAUUAUAGCUGGAUAACAUGGGAUGGGUUCUGGAGGAAAGCUUAGUUGGGGUGAACGGAAGACAUUAGUCAGCUUUAGUUUCAUGGAAGCUUGUAUGCCAAAGUGUUUCUGGUUGGAAUGUCUGUAGUCAUUCCAAGGGCUCAAACACUACCACAUGGACUGGUAGAUGGAGAUACAGCAAGGUCAUCGACACCAAGAUCAGACCACAUCUUCACCUGGCGGAGAUACAGCAAGGUCAUCGACACCAAGAUCAGACCACAUCUUCACCUGGCGGAGAUACAGCAAGGUCAUAGACAUCAAGAUCAGACCACAUCUUCUCCGGGCAGAUAUACAGCAAGGUCAUAGACAUCAAGAUCAGACCACAUCUUCUCCGGGCAGAUAUACAGCAAGGUCAUAGACAUCAAGAUCAGACCACAUCUUCUCCGGGCAGAUAUACAGCAAGGUCAUAGACAUCAAGAUCAGACCACAUCUUCACCGGGCAGAUAUACAGCAAGGUCAUAGACACCAAGAUCAGACCACAUCUUCACCUGGCGGAGAUACAGCAAGGUCAUAGACACCAAGAUCAGACCACAUCUUCACCUGGCGGAUAUACAGCAAGUAUGAAGAAUUGGCGUUUUUGACUCAAAAGUUUUGUACUUACAAAAACUCUUUGGGUGCCGGGUUCAAAAGGCAUCUACUUAAAGAAGGAAAAUAUAUACAGGAAGGUUAUCAUAGACCACCUCUUCAGUUUCUCUGAUGGACUGGAGACCCUGGUAGAUAGAUAUUCACCAGAGUGGAGUAGACCACACCUGUCUACAUUAGGGUUGACCCCCAAGAUUAAAAUCAUUUGAUUUUGAUUUGCUUUACUCCGAUUUAAAAAAUAUAUAUAUUUUAGCAGUGCGCAAUACUUCUAUCAACAUCUUAGAAAUGUUGUAAUACUUUAAGUGUGUAUGGCCCCAUUACGUCGUUAUAAACAUGUUGUCUGUCCUUCUGCCAGAUCCUCUAAACAGGACAUUCAAUUAUCUUUGUUGUUCUUGUCCAUUGCAGAACAGCAAACCAGAUUCCUUACUGAAGAUGGAAACUGAAGAGCACAAGUUUGAGAGAACACCGCUGUCAGGCAACAAAGACAAGUUUGCAUUCUCAUUGACACACAAGAAGUUACUAGGGUAUGUAUACUGGGGUAUGUAGGGUAUGUAUACUGGGGUAUGUAGGGUAUGUAUACUACUGCGUACAUGUACUGUGUGCGUGUAACUGGACUAGUCCUACUUUCCUGUGGGUUUGGACCGCCAAACCCCAACCAUCAAACAAGCGGCAGAGCGAGGAAGAGAGGGAAGCGAGAGAGAGAGAGUAGAGAGAGAAGCAGGCAGGGAAGGUGAGAGAGGAGGCGAAUCGCGAGAAGAGAUAGAGAGAGCAGAGAAGAGAGGUAGCAGAGAGAGGGGGUAGAGAUGCGUAGGGACGCAGGAAGAAGAAGGAGAGGAAGAAGAGAGUCUAUAUAGUCUUGUCGCUGAUAUCUUCUGAUCAAGUAUUAGCUGAAGGUAAUCUGCGAAACAGCGAGUAGGAUAGAGGCUGGAUCUGAUAGCAGAGUAUAGAGGGUAUCGGAGAGGAGACGGAAGAGAUGAGUGGAUAGCAGCGGAUAGGAGUCAGAGUCUACGUCUCUGCAUAGCUGCUAUCUCAGCUCUCUGCGUCGCUCUAUCUAAUCUUGUACGAUAAUAUCUAGCUAGUAGCCACCCUCGCUCUCUCCAACUCUAUCUAGAUCUCCCCUAUCUCUGCUCUCUCUCUCUCCCUCUCGCUCUAUCUCACCCUCUCUCUCUCUCUCUCUCUCUCUCUCCCAGUUCUAAGCUGAAGCCCCAGACCAACUCCAGUGUGUUUGGUUCGUUACAAAACCUAAAGGAGGACAAGGCCAAGCCGGUGAGAGACGAAUAUGACUACGUGUCAGACGAAGGAGAGCUGAAGAUUGAUGAGUUCCCCAUCAGGAGGAAAAAGAACGCUGUCAAGAGGGACUUAUCCUGUGAGUACUGAGACAUAAAGUCCUGUGUAGCUCAGUUGGUAGAGCAUGGCGCUUGCAACGCCAGAGUUGUGGGUUCGAUUCCCACGGGGGACCAGUGUGAAAAUGUAUGCACUCACUAACUGUAAGUCACUCUGGAUAAGAGCGUCUGCUAAAUGACUAAAAUGUAAAAAUAAAUAUUAAAAAAUACUAUUGGAGAGAAAAUGGUCCUGUGAGUACUGAGACAGUACUGAGACAGGGAAACUCAGAUGGGAAAUCGUGUACUGAAUACAAUUAUGUAUAUUUGUAUUUACUUAAUAAUUAAAUCUAUCAAAAUGGACUGAUUUACUAGUUGUUGAUUGACUGUCACUUCUCUUCCUGUUCCAGUCCUGUCAAACAUCAAAGACCCAAUCCACCCAUCCAAGAAGCCAAAGCUCCUCCCCUCUGCUGUCAAGGUACGUCAGCUCCUCCCCUCUGUUCACAGGGUAUGUCAGCCCCACCCCUCUGUUCACAGGGUAUGUCAGCCCCUCCCCUCUGUUCCCAGGGUAUGUCAGCCCCACCCCUCUGUUCACAGGGUAUGUCAGCCCCUCCCCUCUGUUCCCAGGGUAUGUCAGCCCCACCCCUCUGUUCCCAGGGUAUGUCAGCUCCUCCCCUCUGUUCCCAGGGUAUGUCAGCUCCUCCCCUCUGUUCCCAGGGUAUGUCAGCUCCUCCCCUCUGUUCCCAAGGUAUGUCAGCCCCUCCCCUCUGUUCACAGGGUAUGUCAGCCCCUCCCCUCUGUUCACAGGGUAUGUCAGCCCCUCCCCUCUGUUCCCAGGGUAUGUCAAGCUCCCCUCCCCUCUGUCCCAGGGUAUGUCAGCCCCUCCCCUCUGUUCCCAGGGUAUGUCAGCCCCUCCCCUCUGCUGUCAAGGUACGUCAGCUCCUCCCCUCUGUUCCCAGGGUAUGUCAGCUCCUCCCCUCUGUUCCCAGGGUAUGUCAGCUCCUCCCCUCUGUUCCCAGGUAUGUCAGCUCCUCCCCUCUGUUCCCAGGGUAUGUCAGCCCCUCCCCUCUGUUCCCAGGGUAUGUCAGCCCCUCCCUCUGUUCCCAGGGUAUGUCAGCCCCUCCCCUCUGUUCCCAGGGUAUGUCAGCCCCUCCCCUCUGUUCCCAGGGUAUGUCAGCCCCUCCCCUCUGUUCCCAGGGUACGUCAGCUCCUCCCCUCUGUUCCCAGGGUAUGUCAGCCCCUCCCCUCUGUUCCCAGGGUAUGUCAGCUCCUCCCCUCUGUUCCCAAGGUAUGUCAGCCACUCCCCUUAACUCACCAAUAAUAUAUGAAGGACCAUGUGGCUAGAAAAUAUCGGAGCACAGUACAGUUGGGGUCAGGUCAGCACAAUAGUGUGAAGUGGGUAUCACAGUAAUGUCCAUAGAGAGUCUAGAUCCCAUUUCUAGGGAAAGUCCCAAAUGGCACCCUAGUCAAAAGUAGUGCACUAUAUAAGGAAUAGGAUUCCAUUUGGGAAGCGUGCUAAUGGUUCUAACUCAGCUGUCCUGUUUGCCAGCUAACAUCCAGAACUAAAGACUUUAAUUACACUCUGAUAUUUACAUUUCUACGUCCAUGAAGAGAACAGCCUAAUGAGGAGUUCUAAGACCAGAACAGUCGGAGGGAAACAUUCUGAAAUAUUUGCUCCUUCCUUCCAUGAGGUCGUUAAUGAAUUCCAUGUGAUGGUUGAAAAACCAGUCAAAUAGCAAUAGAGAUCACAUAUGGUUGUGUGUUUAGUGUUGUCAUGAUACCACUAUCUUGAUACUAGGAAGUAAGGAAGCAAAGCAAACAGAACAUGAAGUGGACUCCAUGUCUUUAGGAAAACAGCCCUAAUGUUGGAAACAAACAUCAUGUUGUCAUCCAGAGUCGCAUGUAUUUAUUUUCCAAGCUAUAGCACGCAAUAUUUUACAUACAGCAGGUUUUUAAAGGAACGAACAGUUUGGCCUGCUUCGUGUUGUCUUUUUUUUUGCUAAGGAAAAUCUGUUAUCGUCGUGUCGCGAUACUGUCUUUGUUUGUGUGUGUGUGUGUGUGUGUGUGUGUGUGUGUGUGUGUGUGCAUGCAAGCGUUUGUGUGUGUUGCUUUUCUCUCAUAAUGUUGAGACUUAAAACAACAUCCAGUGAGAAUCAAAGGCAGGGCUCUGCAGCACCGGGCCAAACAACACCACGCACUGGGCCAGAACAUAGCUGUUGUACCAGAGAAAGAGAGAGAGGCAGAGAGAGAGGCAGAGAGAGAGGCAGAGAGAGAGAAAGAGAGAGCGAGGCAGGCUGAGAGAGAGGCAGGCUGAGAGAGGCAGAGAGAGAGAGAGAGGCAGGCUGAGAGAGAGGCAGAGAGAGAGAGAGGCAGGCUGA